AUGGAGUCAGAUGACGGGGACGAGUUUGGGGUUAUGCAAGUGAAGUCCACCGUUAUUGCAAGAAAAUACCCGCCUCUUGACGCAGUCGUGGAGCUACAAGUUCAAACUCUGGAUCUAGGGUUCUUGUUGACAGAAGAUUAUGAACCCACCGCCUUGGCCUUGGCAUACAGACCAAUGUCUUUCCUCCCUUCCCCCAUCUACUCUCCAAACUCGCAUGAACACGCAGAACUUCCAGCUCCAGAUGGCACAAAGUUGAACCCUAGGGCUAAAAAGUUUGCGUGGGCGACUGCUCUUUCGGCCAUACUGGGUGUCGCGG